UAAUCCCUCUGACUGUGUGGUUGUGCUUAUUAACAAAGUUUACACUAUAUAUCCUAAAGGUACGUUAGAUCAAGAGCAUCCUACUGUAUAAUGUGUAAAAGAAGGUCUCAGAAAUGAAUAGUUCAACCAGUGAAUUCACAGCUACAAGGCCAAUGUCCUCUGCAAAGAUAGGUAAAGAGGAACUGCUGAGCAAGCUUGCUGAGUGGAAUAUAGAGACAGAGACAGUAGAGCAUCCCCAGGUAUUUACUGUUGAACAAGCUUUACCACACCUUGAAAACACAGAGGGUAAAUUUGCGAAAAACUUGUUUCUGAAAGACAAAAAAAAGAGACUCUAUCUUUUCUGUGCACCCCACGAUGCAGACAUUAAACUAAAUGACCUUGCCAAAUUGGUUGGGGCCACAGGAGGGUUAAGAUUUGCUGAUGCCAGCAUCUUAGAAGAGAAGCUCGGAAUCCAGGAAGGGUCUGUCUCUGUAUUUGGAAUCAUAAAUGACACUGAAAAUGAGGUUAAACUUGUCUUAGACCAACGCCUGCUUGAUGAGACAUACACCAAACUGGGAUUCCAUCCAAUGGUGAACAGUGCCACCACCAGUAUAUCGCCUUGUGAUCUUAAAAUUUUUAUUGACAAGACAAACCAUGAACCUCUCAUUGUGACCAUCAACUAAAUAAAUGUGUAGUAAAUGUUUUUAACUAAAUUACAUUUGUAAUAAAAAAAUGUCAUUGUCUUUACAGAUUUAAAAAAGAUGUCAAUACUUAGAUUUUUAUAAUUUUCACCAGUUGUUCAAUUAAAUAUUUAAUUACAUGUAA